AUGGCCAAAGACAAGGUCUGUCUCGCAUACUCGGGUGGUCUCGACACAUCCUGUAUCCUUCAGUGGUUGAUUGAAGCUGGAUAUGAUGUUGUCUGCUAUAUGGCCGAUGUCGGCCAAGAAGAGGACUUCGAGGCUGCCAAGGCAAAGGCAUUGAAGAUUGGUGCCGUCGCAUGCUACAUCGAAGACUUGAGGAAGGAGUUUAUCGAGGAGCUCUGCUACCCCGCUGUUCAGUGCAACGCUAUCUACGAGAAUGUCUACCUCCUGGGUACCUCUCUGGCUCGCCCAGUCAUUGCGAGAUCUCAGAUUGCUGUUGCCCAGAAGGAGGGCUGCUUUGCGGUAUCUCACGGCUGCACUGGAAAGGGAAACGACCAAGUGCGUUUCGAGCUCGCAUUCUAUGCUCUGCAACCCAAGAUUAAGGUCAUUGCACCAUGGAGAAUGCCAGAAUUCUACGAGCGUUUCCCUGGCCGUGAUGCCCUUCUGGACUACGCCGCCGCAACUGGCAUCCCAGUCAGCAGCACCAAGAGCAAGCCAUGGUCCAUGGACGAGAACUUGGCCCAUUGCUCUUACGAGGCUGGCAUUCUCGAAGACCCCGACACCACCCCACCAGCUGAUAUGUGGAAGCUCACCGUAGAUCCAUUGAACGCCCCAGAUAAGCCAGAAGACUUCACCCUCUUCUUCGAGAAGGGACUUCCAGUUAAGUUGAUCACGCAAGGCAAGACCGUCACCGGCUCCGUUGAGCUGUUCUUGGAGGUUAACGCUAUCGCACGCCGACACGGUGUUGGACGUAUCGAUAUCGUUGAGAACCGAUUCAUCGGUCUCAAAUCCCGCGGAUGCUACGAGACCCCAGGUCUCACCUGUCUCCGCAGCGCGCACAUUGAUCUCGAGGGUCUUGUCCUAGACCGUGAGGUCCGUGCUCUCCGUGAUCAAUUCUUGACCUUCAACUACGCCAAGAUCUUGUACAACGGUCUCUACUUCUCCCCAGAGCGUGAGUUCCUUGAACAAAGCAUCGUUGCCUCUCAGAAGGACGUCAACGGCCAAGUUCGAUGCCGUGUCUACAAAGGAUCUUUCUCCGCUCUCGGCCGUAGCUCAGAGACCUCGAAGCUCUAUGAUGCUUCCGAGAGCUCUAUGGAUGAGAUUGGCGACUUUGCCCCUUCGGAGACCGGCGGAUUCAUUACCGUCCAAGCGAUCCGACUCAAGAAGUAUGGCCAGGCUAAGGCUGACGCUGGUGAACGUCUAUAG